AUGAACGCUUACCAAAAGCAGCUCAUUCCUAUGAAAAUUUGUUCUCCAAUUUAUACUGACUUAGAUGGCCAGCUAGAACCUUCAACUAUAUUUUCGUUCAAGCAUUCGCACGCCAUGAAAACGGCAAUAAUACAGAAAAAAGUAUUGGAGUGCUCGGCACUCGUCUGGUCCGGCAUCGGCGUAGCAAAAAACAAGCAAGCUGCUCAAGCAUCUUCUGGCGGAAGUCUUAAUAUUCUUGCCGAUAUAUCUGGUAUUGCAGAAGCUGGUAAUAUACUUGCAGUUAUGGGUACAUCGGGUGUCGGAAAAACGACGCUAAUGAAUGUUCUCAGUGGACAAUAUACAGAUAAUACACUAACUACAGCUGGUAAUGUGUAUCUUAAUGGUCAACUAACAACACGCACGCAACGACAAAGCAGCAAUGCCAUCGGAUAUGUGGAACAAUAUGAACCAUUCAUCGAAACUAUGACUCUACAAGAACAUCUCAUCUUUCAGGCCAUGCUUCGAAUGAAACCAACUUUGGACGACGCUGAACGUCGUGAAUAUGUGACAAAUGUCAGUGAACAAUUACACUUAAGUCGAUGUGCAUCGACAGUGAUUGCUCGAUUGUCUGGUGGUGAAAAGAAACGUCUUGCUUUUGCUACUGUUCUUCUCACUGAUCCACAUGUCGUGUUGAUCGAUGAGCCGACGUCAGGCUUAGAUACAUACAUGGCCAAAUCGCUUAUGAAUGUGAUUCGUUCGAUGGCUGUCGAGCAGAAUCAUGCUGUCAUUGUCGUGCUUCAUCAGCCUACAAGUAGCAUGUUCGAUCAGAUCGACACACUUUGUCUUUUAGUGCAAGGCGGUCGACAAGCAUAUUUUGGUUCGAAAGAGAAUGCUCAAGAGUUUUUUACAACAAAGUGUGGUUUGGUAGCAUCAUCACUGGAUGGUUUUAUCGAACAAUUGGCUGCGCCAUUGAAUCCUAAUGAUCACCAAAGUACUUUAGCUCAAAAUGUAGCUGCCGAUCAAUAUACCACAUCACGAGAAGCUCAGUUGCUUCUUUCAACUAUUGAACGCCAAUCUAGGCUCAAUCAUAAAGCUAGUACAAUUUUCGUCGAUGAAUCGAGACGUGCAGCUUUUGGGCGGCAAAUGAAAUGGUUGCUGUGGCGUUCUUUCAACGCUGGUAGACGAAAUCCAAUGAGAACAACAAAACUGGCUGCUCGUUUACUGAUCAUGGCGUUGAUUUUAGGAUUCGCUUUUUCGCGAUUAACUUCGAACAGCCCUGACUAUGUUCGCAAUCGUAAUAGCCUUCUCUAUUUCUUUUUAUUAGUACUGUUCGAAUCCAAUAUGACUAACGUAUUAGUUGGAAUAGUUUCAGAGCGUUCACUUGUCGUACGCGAGUAUAGGCGACGGAUGUAUUCACUAGGUGCAUAUUAUUUGAAUCGUUUAAUAAUUGAUAUUGGAUAUAUUGUCAUUACAAGUAUACCAUUUAUGGCCAUUGUUGUGUUGCUGACAGGUUUACAUCGAUGGGUUCUCUUGAUGAGUAUCACUGUGUUGAGUAUUAUCAAUGGUUGCGCAGUUGCGAGCAUUCUUGCCGCACUAUCUUCCACACCGAAAAUGGGAUUAUUAAUAAUGACUCCAAUUCAGCAAAUUCUCGCGACUUUGUGUGGUAUAUUCAUUAAUCUACGCUCAAUUCCAUUUUAUUUUAAAUGGCUUCAAUACAUAACGUAUUGGUAUUAUGCAUAUACUCUUAUUUUAACUUUGGAAUGGCACCAUGAAGACAUCAGCUUACCGUGCGACCGCCGUUGUUUAUCUGAAGGCGGCGAAACUUUAUCACAAACGAGUAACAAAACGUGCACAAGAACAGGCGACAAUAUUCUUUACCAAUAUAACGUCGAUUAUCAUCACUUUAACCGGAAUAUUUUUAUUCUCAGUAUUUUGACAAUCAUAUUUCACAUAGUCGCAUUUCUGAUUAUCGCUUCGAGAAUACGUCGCAUUUUGUAG